GGCCUGACCUCGGCCCUGACGGAGACGCUGGAAGAGCCUUCGGAAGCGACAGGUCCACCCGGCACCGUGCAGGAGAAAAAGCCCGCUGAGGUGCCAACUCCGAAGCCUGCCCCCAGCCCGCGCAAGGCUCCGUGUGCUCUCGCGCAAAGCACACGCAGAAGUUUACCGACACCCUGGAGGCGCGGCAGCACGCAAGAGCUGAGCCCAAGCCGUCGAUCGUCUCAGGGCCGGUCCCCCUCGAAGUCAUCGCGGAGCCCGUCGAAAUCCUCUCGGAACCCCUCGAAAUCCUCUCCGCAACGCGGCAGCAUCGGCUCGUCAUCGAUGUUCGCCAGUCGCGACGGCCAAGAGAGUUCGGAUUUGGGACGAUCGAGCACCUUCGGUCACUCUCUGAGCCUGAAAGAUCAGCUGGCUACUCCAACGGCGAAGCCGGGCAUAAAGGAGGAAGACCCUACGCCGAAGCAGAUCGAGAUGGAGCCAGAGCUGGACAAAAUGCGAGGAGACUCGCCGGUGCAGAUCGACGACUCUGCUCUCGAGGUGCGCGACCAGGACGAUGCUCCACACGAAGAAGACAUCUUGAGGCUGCCUAUGUUCCUGGCUUGCGCGCGCAAGGUGCAAAGAGUCUGGCGUUGGCAGUGCCAGCGGAAGGCUACACGAGGAGCCUCACAGGAUCUGGAGAGCCCGAAGCACCAGGAGGUCGCCAAAGUCGCUGAGGUUUCCACUGCAGACAAAGAUCGGCCACCAGGAUCCGCUGAAAACACGGCGGAAGCUCGUGGCAAUGGCGUGGUACCUCUCACCUCCGGGGUGCAGCCAGGUGAUGCCGACCCUACCGAAGGGGUUGGCAAAGCAAGCAGCAUUGGUCGAGAGACCGGUGCAGCAGAGACGCAGCCAACAUCUCCUGCGGAUGCUUCCGCUGCCAAAGAAGCAGCUGGUGAGGCCAAGGACGAGGUGCCAAAGUUUGAAGGUCCAACGGGUGUGGAACUUGGUCUCGGGGAGUGCUCCUCGAGGGAUCAAGAAGGCGACGAUCGUGAACGUGUGGAUUCCGGACCUAGCCAGUGCAUACAGCCUCCAAUCCGCACUAGGUUUGCAGAAGAAGAAGCGGCUGGUGGCGAUGCGAGCAAUACCUCAGCUUCCGGACAAGUUGAGUUCACGGCAGAGAAGGGCCAGGCAUCAAACUCGAUGUGUCGUCCUUCGGCCACAGAGCUUUGUCCCGGCGAUGGUGCCCUCAGCUACUCGGAGGAUCCCGCGUCGCCUUCGGAAGACGGGGCAUUCUCGAGGGCAGCAGGAGCAGAGGACCAUCCCGACCAAGCCAUGCAAGGGCCUUCAGAUGCCGAAGCUGCAGAUGCUGAGAAACCCACAGAUGAUGUGCCGAAAUCAGAUCGACCGACGGCGGAGGAACUUGGUCUUGAUGAUGAUUCCCGUAGCUACUCGGAGGAUCCAGCGUCACCUUCGGAAGACGGGGCAUUCUCGAGGGCAGCAGGAGCAGAGGACGAUGCUGAGAGACCCACAGACGAGGAUCCAGCGUCGACUUCGGAAGACGGGACACUCUCGAGGGCAGCAGGAGCAGAGGACCAUCCCGACCAAGCCGUGCAAGUGCAAGGUGCCGCAGUUGCCACAGAAGCAGCAGCUGCUCACAUAGCCACAGAGGAUGAGCCGAAGUCGGAUCAGCCGACCGCCGAGCAGCUGGGUGUUGAUGACUCCCCAAGGGACUCGAGGACGCUGUUGACAUUUGCAGUGGACCUUCAAGAUCCGGCGAGCUCUCCCGAAAGCAAUUUCCUUCCAGAUCCUACGUUGAGCGAGGUCCGUCCAGAUGAGGCUGAUUCCCUGGCCGAGUAUCAGUGGGACACGAAGCCGAUGUCCUCGGAUGAGGACAUCGCGGACGAAUACGAGGCGAGCUAUGCGGAGACAGAGGAGGAGGGCAAGAGCUCCGUUUCUGCGCCAAAGUCCGGCGUUGCCGUGAGUGAAGAUCUGGCACACAGCCAUGCCUCCUCGGAUCACGCAGAUCAACGGGGUCCUCUCCGCGCAAGCAGCUCUGAAAGCUCCAACAAGCUCACGGUGUCCGAAGACAGCAAGGUCAUCGAGUCCUCGCAGUCCAGGUUUCUCCAGCCCUUGGAAGAAGCAUCCGUUCUGGAAUCAGGGUAUUCUGGUCAGUGGUCGGAGCUGGAUGCAGGACCAAGGCAUGUGUCGAAAGAUCUCAGUGAAGAUGCAUACUCUGGAGACUGGUCCGAAGAAGGCGCAUGA